AGCGCACACACACAGUCACUGCCUUUUCAGUGGUCGGUGUUGAACCGUGAUUUCCUCUAUCAGACAACGUUCAACUCAAACCUCAAUCUCCCCGUUAUCAGCGCCACGUGUUCUUCUCUCUUGUCUCCUUCUCUUCGUCUCUUCUGGUCCCUGUCAUCUUCCCCCCUCCCCCCUCGAUUUUCCCCUUUUUCGGAGUUUUCUCCCCCGUGAAAUUUGAACUCAGGGUACGAUUUUAACGGACUGGCUUUGGGGUUUUUGCUCCGCCGCCAUUUGUGUUCGCGCCAUGGUUCCUUGUGUCCGAAUCUGCGACUAGCUUGUAAGGAGACGGACGGAAGAGGGGAAUGUUACUGAGUCCUAAGAUGUUUAGUUUUCUGCUGCGAAAAGAUGUGAGGAAGAUUCUCAAGCGCAAGGACAGCGACGCUGGAGAGCGAGGAAGGGCACUCGAGGAUUUACGGGCAUCCUUGUUCAACAAAUUCCGUUCCUCCGACACAGCGAAGAGGCAGCAGCAACGUACCUGUGGCCCUACUGUUGCUCUCACGUUCAAUUUCGUCAUUGCCAUUGCCAUUAUCUUCAUGAACAAAUGGGUUCUUAAAAACGUGGGCUUUCAGUUUCCCGUGUUCCUUACGUUCAUUCACUACAUAGUGGCGUAUUUGCUUAUGGCGGUUUUGAAUUCCCUUUCUCUCCUUCCCGCUUCUCCCGCCUCAAAAUCGUCCUCCCUAUCACUAUAUACACUCGGCAUCGUAAUGUCCCUUUCAACUGGUCUUGCCAAUGUCAGCCUCAAGUAUAACAGUGUUGGAUUCUACCAGAUGGCAAAGAUUGCAGUCACUCCAUCUAUUGUUUUGGCAGAAUUCUUGUGGUUCAGAAAGAAAGUUUCCUUCUUGAAGGUGGUUGCCCUUACAGUUGUAUCCAUAGGAGUUGCAGUUGCAACAGUGACAGACUUACAGUUCAGUCUCUUUGGUGCCUGUGUUGCUUUGGCUUGGAUUCUACCAAGCGCUUCCAACAAAAUCCUCUGGUCCACUCUCCAACAGCGAGAAAACUGGACCGCUUUGGCGUUGAUGUGGAAGACAACUCCAAUCACUUUGUUGUUUCUUGUUUCGAUGAUUCCAUUCUUGGACCCACCAGGCGCUCUGUCCUUCAACUGGAACUUCAAUAACACAAUGGCCAUUCUCAUGUCUGCUCUUCUCGGAUUCUUGCUUCAGUGGUCUGGUGCUCUGGCUCUCGGGGCAACCUCGGCCAUCUCGCACGUGGUGUUGGGGCAGUUCAAAACCUGCGUUGUCCUGCUCGGGAACUACUACAUAUUCGGGUCGAACCCGGGAGCGAUCAGCGUUUGCGGUGCAUUUGUAGCGAUUGCGGGCAUGUCGUUUUACACCUACCUGAAUCUGCGUUCUCAAACGCUGAUGAAGAGCUCCCCUCAGAAAGCUGCUGCUUCGUCUUUGCCCAACAAAACCAGACUGGUCCGUGACCACAACAUCAUGGAAGAAAAACUUGACACUCACGUGUCUGAAGCUGUCUAGCUUCUCAAAUUCUGACCCCCCCCUUGUUUUUGGGAACUGUUGUAAUGUUUAUUCAUUCCACAUUCUCUUUCACCAUUCAAUGGAUACACCGUUUGAUCGAUUGCCUUCAGAAUUUAUUGUAACUAUAAUAAUAUUAUUUCAA